UUGAGAAGAGUUUAGCUGUCGCGCUGUUUCUCGCUUUCUGUAGCGUAUGCGCUGUUUAGAACAGCCAAGCUUCUUUGGUAGGCAGAAUUCCGUAAAUUCUGCUCUACGCGUGAACCAUCACCAGGUCCACGCUCACAGCGUGACAACUCAUUCGGACACCCAGUAUAAGAAUGCACCUGUACGAGAAUGCUGAACGAUCGGUGUACGCAUGGAACGCUGUGGAUGUGGAGAUCAACGGACGAGUACAGCACGGCCACGUCGUUGGCGUAGAAAAGAAAGGGUCGCGUGUGAUCGUCGAUUUCGGAUGCCCGACACAGGAAGCUGUAGCGAUGGAAUGCGGGAAGGCCAUCGACUGCUCCAGAUGUGAGUACCAGGACUCGCGCAGAGGAGACGAGGUGGAGGUGCUGCUGCACGACGGCCCCGGACGCCCGUGGACCUGGUAUCCCGGUAGAAUGCUGAUUCCGGAGUUCAGGCCCCUCUAUUCUGUUCAGCUGGUGGAGGUGCUAGUGGCCGGGCAGUGGCGUCGCGAACUACUGCCCGGGGAUCAGAUCAGAGACCCGCCCUUACGGAACUGCCUUAUGCCGUGGGAUUUCGUCACGGAGACAUGCAGCGUGCCUAGCGGCUUCUGGACUCUGGAGCGGUCGGCAUCAGCGCUGCUGCUCCGGAAAAUUGAGCACGAGCUCAGGGUGCGAUUUAUCAAGGUUCUCAGUUGGAAGAUGCGUUAUGUGCGGCGAGAGGUUGGCCAUGUCAGUGACGAAGACGUGGCGGCGGUGUUUGAAAGAGAAAGAAGGAAUCUUGCAUUUUGCCAUGAAGUAAGCGAGAAAACCGACGCCUCGGAUGGUGAGCCGAAGCGGAAGAAGUCGUCGAGAGUCGUGGAAAGCGGUUUGGCGCUGUUGCCCUUGGAAGUGCUGAAGGAGGUCUUCCAUUCACUGGACACCGUCGACCGGCAGCGCUGUCGCCGCACCUGUCCGCUGUGGGAAACCCUUCUCACGUCGGUCGAGCUGUGCCGGGAUUUGCGUGUAAUGCGGCAAACGCCCUACCGGUUACCGCAUCCAGUACAGCUACAUCAGGAUUGCAAUUAUACCAUGUAUUGCUGUCUCUUCAAGCACAUCACGCGAGCCACCCGCACUAUCUGCAUCGCUGAUACCGACAAGUACAUCCUUAACAGCUGCACAAUGAAUGUUGCUGGUGAAGCGGUUGACGUUAUAAAGAAAGCGCUCAACGAUACCGGCAUCCGCAUACACCGUUUGAUACUGCACCGGCGAUCCAUGCAGUUCUCGUCGGAGUCCUGCAAUAAGUGUCCUCGGUGGAAAUUAAGCCGGAUGUCCCGCGACAUGACCAAGAAUAUUUCCAAGCUGGCUUCGUGCUGCGAUCGGUUGAUUCUGAAAGAUUUCGGACUUACACUGGUGAACAAGGCAGGCGAGGCGGUGAUGGGAUUCGGUAUUCCCGCUGCAGCCGUAGUCUUGGAGAGUGUCAAUGAGGCGCAGAUUGUGGACCUCCUCGAGGAGCAUCUGGAGUGCGAUGCACAGCCGUUGGAUAUGGAACGCAUCGCCCACUGCAUGGCCAGUCUCGCUGGCAGCCAGAAGAAAGCCAGGAUUGUGAAGAAGGUUUUCCGGGAUUAUCAAAGCUGCGAUCCGCGUCCGUCGGCGCAUUAUCGAAAUCACACGUGGACAGCGGACAGUGUGGCCGAAGUGGACAUGCGCCGGCUGAAUAAAUUCUGCCUGCAUGCCUUAGCGCGCUUCAUGCACAACUUGAGUGGAGCAUCCACACCGGAUGACCACGCCGAAGUUGGGCCGUCGAGCGAUUCUGAAUCCAGCGAAUCCGAAUCUGGCGAUGCCCAAAGCAUCGCUUCCAAGUCGAGCAGUGAACUCAGCGAUUCCAGCAGUGAAUCCAACGACUUCAGCGACUCUGAGAGGAAAUACAGUGAUUCCAGCAGUGAGUCCGUCAGUGGUUCCAACGAAUCCAGCAGCGCCGAAUCCGAUAGUGCUCAGUAAAAAAAUCAGAAGGUUGCUUAGGUUGUAGUUGACAGAAAAAUGGAGAAUGUUUCUGUUCAGCACCGGAAUGCUGCGAGCAUGCUCAUUGAUCUUAUACUUUUGCCAAUUUUUUAGCGAAAGUUAGUGCCAUUACUGCCAUGUGCGUUAUAGGCAUCCGGAUCGCCCAGUAGGGCAGCGAAAUGCAGUUUUUGUCUUGUGGGCUUGUGAAAACUCAAAACCGCUUUCUUCUUUUCGGUUUUUAUUCAUUUACUUGGAUUACUUCCGGCUGGUCGAUGCCUAAGCUGGUCUCGUUACAGUUUUUGCGAUACGUGUUUUUGAUUCAAACAUUUACCAUUUGCCUGAAUGUUUGUUAAUGGUGUUAUACAGUAUUUUAUAUCGUGAGUUGGCUCCCUUGUAAAACUUUGAUUGGAAAAAUCAAAAAAUAUAAAUCUACA